UCUCCCAUUCCCCUGCUCCUUUUCUAGUCCUCCCCACAGCCUCUUUCUUCUCUGGUCCCUUCUUCCCCACCUCCUUUCUCCUUCCUUUUUUCUUUCCAUUCUCUUCGCCCACCACAAUUCUAGGUCAUAAGAGCCGGGAGAGCGUUGCCUGGCAGCUAGGGCGGGGCGAGUAGUGUAAAGGAGCCUCCCCCAUGCUAGAAAGCUUACAGCGGAUCCAGUGAACCUUCCCAGUGCUAGAAAGCUUAGUGGCAAUCCGGGGAACUUCCUGCAACACUUGGAAGGCGUCUUUCAGGAGUUUGCAGGAUGCCAGAAAAACGUUUUGCUGGAGCGCCCUUCGGGAGCCAGUCAGCCAGAUUUGAUGUGGCAUCGUUGAUUAUUCCGCGGAGCAAGACAGUGCCCACCUUCCCUUCGGUGUUGUAUUCCAAGCAGUAUCUGCCACCCCGGGUCGAGAUGGGACCUGGGAAGUACACCUUAAUUGAUGGAUGCUUCAAAGAGGAAGAGGUGAAGCAAGCCCUUGGGAGUGGAUGGGCCAAGGCUGAGGAAGCCAACAGGCUAACCCAGUUGCCUCACUUCCAGUAUAAUCCUGUCAUCAAAGAAAAGAAAUCCCUUAAAGAAAAAGUUGGUCCUGGAUCAUACAACUAUAAGGAUUUUCUUGAAUUGGCUCAGGAAAGACCAUGCAGCACCAUUGGCAUGCUGAGCUCAGGGGGAGUACGCUUUUCCAAGAUGGCAGGGAAUUUUUAUCCUGGCCCUGGGAAUUAUGGGAAAGGAGGGAACCCCUACACAGAGAUGGAGGAGAAGGCCUGGGAACGAUCACAUACCAAAGGAAUUAUGUGUACCAAGUCAAAGAAGACUUUGGCCCCCUCCAGUGAGGGCAGUGGCUUAGCACCUUGUACCUACAACUUUAAAAGUGGAGUGGAAGAAUUACUGAAGCGCAGCACCAGCAAGCGUGGGCCCUAUGAUCUUUUCACAGGAGAUCGUUCCAUGCCCAUUGCUUAUGGACAUUUUGCCAAAAUGAAUUUGGAGAAGGGAGACAAACAACCUGGAUUUGUACUUGAAAAGAAAAAAAAGUCAUACGAGAUAUUCUCAUGCAAGACCUUUGUGGAUGAGCUGAAUUCGAAUGCCAGGAAGAAACAUGGAGUCUUUGCAAAGCUCUCCCGGAGCCCAGCUGUACCCACUGAGAGGAUAUACUGUGCUACUCUCAGCCAGUGGCCCAUCAAACCGUCUGACCUUGGUCCAGGUUCCUUCAACCCGAAACCUGUGCCAGGGUUUGCAUUAGCCAAACCGCCUCCAUUUGGGACCAAUUCCAAGAGGGUGGACCUGAAAGCCUAUCAGCAUUUUGUUGGAAACACGAACCCAGUAGGUGUUGGACGCUACAACAACACAAAGCACGAGGCAAAGGAUUCUCGGCAACGGUACCGGUCUCUCUACCUGUCCAGACCCGAACGCUAUCCUUGUGAAAAUUACAUGAAGGAAUUUCUUCUGCAGGAACGGCUCAUCCCCUUUAACAAAGGGAAGAAUUUUCAAUUUGAGGAUCACAGUUCUGGAUCCCCUCCCUGCAAUAUGUUAGCACGAUGUCUGGACACGGGGCGUGAACCAUGCCCUUUUAUGGAAGCCUAGAGAUCUACAGGAGGAGGGGGGCACCGGGAGGGAGACUGGGGAGGAGAAGAAGACACUGCAAAUGCUGUGGCGACUUAACUCAUCACGUCGGCCUGGGGCUAGCGCCGGAGACCACAGGGAUGCUGGGGACACAUCUUGGCUUCAAGAGGUCAGUUCAUUUCGAGCCCAAAGAGACCCUCUGAUUUAAGCAGGCAAAGAAGGCCAGUCAACCCAAGCAAACUGCAGGACGAGUUUGGGAUGAGGCCUCCUAACUCUCCUUUUGCAAAACAGAUUCCCUGGUUUGGGGGCAUUAAAAAGUAUACAUUGAAGGGGAUGCAUAGAGCCUAUGUGGGGUCUGAGCCAGGAGCAUGAGGAAGAGAGCGGAGCAUCCAGCAAAGAGGUGUGUGUGUGUGUGUGUGUGUGUGUGUGUGUGUGUGUGUGUGUGUGUGUGUGUGUGAGUAAGUGAGUGUGAGAGAGAGAGAGACAGACAGACAGAUAGACAGACAGACAGACAGACAGAUUCAUGAGUAGGGUCCAGAGGUACUUUCAACUUGAGAUGCCACCUCCUAACUAGGGCCUUGAGAGUGCCAAGGAGGAAGAAAAGAAGGAUGGGAUGGAAAGGAGGUAGGUAGGGAGUUUUCAGGAGACCCCCCCCCCCUCCCAGCUUGUGGCUUACCUGUGAGACCUCUGGUAAGUCAUUUCCUAUUGUGAAGAUUGGAUUUGGCUCUCUCUUGAUUGUAACAAUGAAGGUACUUAACUCUUCCUUGACUGUGAAGAUUAAAUUGUAAUCCCGGUCUAUUUUUAGAUUUUAGUCCCCAAAGUAUCAACACAAUUCUUAAAGUUGAUCUACCCAUUUUGGAUUUUAACCAUAAAAGGUGUGAAUACCCAUUGCAUACACUGAGGGGGAGGUCUGUGACCCACGUGUGAAAGAGUGGGCAGGCCUGGAGUGGAGCAUCAGCUGUGAUUGGUAGGCGUAAAAUUUAGGGGAAGUGACCCAAGAAUAAAAGGUCUUUAAAAGUGGAAACAGAGACACUCAGACUUGGAAUGAAGAGGGACACUUGGCUGUGGAACUCAAUCCUGGAGGAGCUCAUGUGGGAGAUCUCAGACUUUCUUUCCUUUUAGAAGGUCACUGUGGUAAGUGUAAAGGCUGACUUCCUUCCUUGCCCUUCUUGUAGGUGUAAGCCUCCAGGAAAGGCCCAUCCUCUUGAAACUCCUUUCCCAUGGCUGGGGCCUUAGAAUUGCUACCUGGGUCAGAGGAAGCUCUCUCUCUCUCUCUCUCUCUCUCUCUCUCUCUCUCUCUCUCUCUCUCUCUCUCUCUCUCUCUCUCUCUCUCCCCUCCUCCCUUCUCUCUCUCUCCCCCCUCCUCCCUUCUCUCUCUCUCUCCCCUCCUCCCUUCUCUCUCUCUCUCCCCUCCCUUCUCUCUCUUGCUCUCUCUCUCUCCUCCCUUCUCUCUCUCUCAGAUCUCUCUCUCACACCCCUCUCCCCAAUUCCCUCUCUCUCCCUCUCCCCCUCUCUUUCCUCUCCCCUCCCCCCUCCUCUCUUCCUUAAUAUCUUCCCUCUAUUGUAAAAUAAACUACCAUAAAUUCCAUUUGACUUUAGUAAUUCAAUUUUGGGAUUUAGAAAUUGUGGAGGAGAGAAAUUACUAGGCAUGCAAAAGGGCAAGAAGCAUCUCAAAGACAUAACUAAAAACAACAUACAAUAAAUCUCCUUGUGAAAAAAUUCAAACAUCAAAAAGAUAAGAAAACUUCAAAUUCAUAGUCCUGACAAAAUUCUAAGAACGUAUACUAUUAUGCUUACACCCGCCCAUGAAGAGGACCACAUGUAAUGCUUACUUCCACACAUGAAGAAUAACUAAUGAAUUCUGACAAGCACUCAUGAAGAACUCAUAGCUUACUUCCAUGGAAAUUUCAAUCUUACAUGCACAUGUAAAAACCUCACACGCAUGCAUGUUCCUGAUUGUUCCAGUAUGUUCCUGAUUGUUCCAGUUUGUUACUGAAUUGAAGAACACAGGACUACAAUCAAGAGUGACAGCAGACAAGAGUGGCGUGCUGACCAGAUGAUGAAGGACACAGAGUUUCUACAAUCAACAUCAAAGGACAUGGAAGGACUUUGAAAGUUUGUACUUGUGAUCAUGAGGUUAUAUAAGCAUGCGAUGUACAUGUUAACAUUACAUAUAUACAUGCACAUGCUACACACUAAGAUAUAAUGUAGGAAGAUAUCCCAUGGAAUGGGUAAGUAUGCAACAUACGCACAGUUGAAAAACACAAAAGUCACACUGAUAAAUAAAUUUCUGUGGAAAAUUCAAACAGACAAAGAUAAUUUGCCUUUAAUAAAAUAAUUUAAUAAAACAAUAAAAUAAAAAAAAGAAUAAAAAAAUUCUUUGAGUUUGCACAGAAAUCUAGAACAAUGUAUGUGGAUGUACACAUGUAAAUACUAAUGUACUAACAACCUAACUAUAUUAGAAUAAUUUAUUAAUGUUCUAAUGACUAAACUAUAGGGACAGUUUAGAAAAUGUGUUCAAAGUCUUAGGGAAGUAGGGACAGACCUUAAACUACUUAAGCAGAGAAGUUAGAUUGCAUUAUAAUUGUAGGUUACUAAUUGUUAGUAAUAGAAAAUUUUGCUUAAUUGAAUUAUAGUCAUCAGGAGAUAAGACAGCUACAUAUUCAAAAAUGCUGUUAAAAUUAUUGGAAUUGUUUAAAAUUGUUCCAUGAUUUGUUAUUAUGUCAAAAACCAUGUUCAUGUAUAAUCUGUAUUACCUAAACCAUUUUCCAAUGCCCAAAAGAGCAUAGAAUUAGAUAGAAUAGCUAAGAUAAAUUUAGGAUUUGUUAUUUGGGGAAGGUAAAGGGAUAUUUAAUAUAGUACAGGGUUAAGAAUUAGAUAGUUAGGGGGCAGCUGGGUAGCUCAGUGGAUUGAGAGCCAGGCCUAGAGACGGGAGGUCCUAGGUUCAAAUCUGGCCUCAGCCACUUCCUAGCUGUGUGACCCUGGGCAAGUCACUUGACCCCCAUUGCCUAGCCCUUACCACUCUUCUGCCUUGGAGCCAAUACACAGUAUUGACUCCAAGACGGAAGGUAAGGGUUUUAAUUUAAAAAAAAAAGAAUUAGAUAGUUAGAAAUAUAACAAAAUAUAUCUAAAAGGUAAGUAUCAUUAAAAUUGCUGGUUGCAAUUUUUUCAAGACAAAAAGGGAGGAAUUGUGGAGGAGAGAAAUUAUAAGGCAUGUAAAAGGACAAGAAGCUGGACAUCAAUCAGCUUGUCAAUCAAAGGAAAAUUCCAUUUGGAAUGUGACUGGGAAACAGUUGAAGGCAAAAGCCAAUAGUGACUGGAUUUCUGGGCUUUUGGUUGAUGGUGGUGACUUUGAAGGAAGAAGCUGAGUUUAUCUCUGGGACUUGGGAUAAUCAAGUUGGAGGUGGCCUGGCCGAUUUGAAGGCAGAAGAAGAAGGACAAUAGUCCAUAUAGCUCUCUCUGACUGGCUCUGUUUCAUGGUAGUGACUUAAUUGCCAUUUCUCUUAAUAUCCUCCAACCUAAGACUCAUUGUAGAUAAUAGGGAAAGCUCUACCCCUCUUACCUUAUCCUCUGUCUUUCCUAUUUCCCCCCAAUAAAUCCUUACUUGAGAUAAAGAAGAGAAAA